AUGACAACACAGUUGAUUCCAAAAAGAACCAAGAUCGUCGCAACAAUCGGCCCAGCCAGUGACUCAUUAGAGGUCCUCGAGCAGCUUGCUAGAGCCGGCGUUAACGUCUUCAGAUUAAAUUUCUCCCACAGUACUCAUGAAUACCACAAGCAAACACUCGACAGAAUCAGAGAAGUCGAGAAGAAGGUUGGUUUCAAGAUUGGCGUCCUUCAAGACAUCUGCGGUCCAAAGAUUCGUGUUGGCAAGUUGGAGAACCCAUUUGAACUCCACUCCGGCGAUAAGAUCAUUGUCAGAAGAGAUGAGAUCGUCGGCAAGAAGAUCGAAGAUCAUGUCUACGAGCUUUCCAUCAAUCAUCCACAGAUCUGUGACUUAAUCAAGGUUGAUGAGUAUAUCUAUCUCAUUGAUGGUGCCAUCAGAGCCAAAGUUACAAGUGUCUGCAAGGACCAUAUCGAAACAGUCAUCGAGAACGAUGGCAUUUUAUAUUCCAACAAGGGCGUCAACUUCCCGAACACAAAGCUCAACAUCGAUGUUAUCACACCAAAGGAUAAGCUCGAUAUCGAGUGGGGCGCUAAGAAUGAUGUUGAUUUCGUCGCUAUCAGCUUCGUUCAGCACAAGCAGGACGUUUUGAACGCUAAGAGUCUCAUUAAGCAGUACGGUGGACACGGAAAGGUCUAUUCCAAGAUCGAAAAGUUCGACGCCAUCGAAAAUAUCGAUGAAAUUAUCGAAGCUUCCGAUGGUAUCAUGGUCGCUCGUGGUGAUCUUGGUAUUGAGAUCCCAUUCUACCAGGUUCCAGCCUGCCAGAAGAAGAUCAUCCACAAGGCCAACGAAUUAUGCAAGCCAGUCAUCACAGCUACACAAAUGAUGCUUUCCAUGGUCAAGAACGAUAUGGCUACACGUGCUGAAAUCAGUGAUGUCGCAAACGCCGUUCUUGAUGGUACAGAUGCUGUUAUGCUUUCUGAAGAAACAGCUGUCGGUGAUCACCCAGCUGCUGUCGUCAAGGCCAUGGCUGAGACAAUCCACGAAAUAGAAAAGAUCUAUCCAUACGGCAAAUACGAUGAAUUCAAGUUCGCAGAUGAGACAGAAAUGGUUUCUAGCUCAACAGCAAGACUUGCUACAAGAAUUGGUGUUAAGGCUAUCAUUUCUCUUACAGCUUCAGGCCAAUCUGCCGUUAAGAUUGCUAGAAACCGUCCAGAAUGUGAUAUCUUAGCUGUUACACAUACAGACCAGAUCGCUAGAGUUCUUACAAUGGUUUGGGGUGUUACACCAGUCCUUCUUAUCAAGGCUGAUCGCUUGAACUUGAUGCUUGCAAGCACAAUCAAGGGACUUCUUCAGAAUAAGUCAAUCGCCGAUAAUCAUACAUACAUUAUGACUGCUGGUUAUCCAACAGGUUUCGUUGGCAGCCUUAACUACGUUAGAAUUCUUAGAAAGGAGCAGAUCGAGUACUAUUCUAAUGUUCAGAAUAAGGAUCUCAAGUAA